AUGGAUAAAACUCAUUUGACAACCACCAACAAUAAAAACCAUACCAUCAAUAAUAUAAAUAAUCGUUAUCGUUCAUCCUCACCAACAAUAGUUCCAAUAUCAAAUGAUGAUAAAAAUAUACUUGAAACGGAUCGUUUUUUAACUGAACAUGCAUCGUCAAAUAUUAUAUCUGAUCUACCACGUUCACGUAAUCUUGAAGAAACAGAUGAUAAUGAUUUACCAUUUCCAGGUUUUGUUGAUCGAGUUUUCUAUUGUCUCAGACAAACAACACCAUUACGUUAUCAAUGCUUACAAUUAAUAACAUGGCCAUGGUUUGAACGUAUAAGUAUGUUUGUUAUUUUACUUAAUUGUGUAACACUUGGUAUGUAUCAACCAUGUGCACAUCAUAGCGGUUUACCAGUAGCAAAAAAAUGCGAUACUGUACGUUGUUUAUGGUUACAAGCAACGGAUUAUUUUAUUUUUGCAUUUUUUACUAUUGAAAUGUGUAUUAAAAUGAUAGCUAUGGGAAUAUUUGGUAAAGGUACAUAUUUAGCUGAAACAUGGAAUAGACUUGAUUGUUUUAUUGUUAUUUCUGGAUUAAUUGAAUCGGUAAUACCAGGUGAUAAUUUAAGUUUAUCAGCUAUACGUACAAUACGAGUUCUUCGUCCAUUACGUGCCAUUAAUCGUGUACCAUCCAUGCGCAUAUUAGUUAUGCUUUUACUUGAUACAUUACCAAUGCUUGGAAAUGUUUUACUUCUUUGUUUUUUUGUCUUCUUUAUAUUUGGUAUUGUUGGUGUGCAAUUAUGGAAAGGUUUGUUACGUAAUCGUUGUUUUUCACAAUUAAAUACAACAUCUAUACUUAAUCAUACAUUAUUCCAUGAUAUUCCUUUACGACCGUUUUAUAUUCCAACUGAUCACGAUUCAUUCGUUUGUUCACAUCCGCAAUCAAGUGGAAUGACAAAAUGUUCUGAAAUUCCUAAAUUACGAAAAGGAAAUAUGACAUGCGAACUUGACUUUUAUACAUUACAUGCACAAUUAAUAGCUGAUCCAAAUAAAGCAGUAAAUGGUUGUAUUGAUUGGAAUCAAUAUUAUAAAUUUUGUAAUGUUUCUGAUAAAAAUCCAUUUUCAGGUUCAAUUAGUUUUGAUAAUAUUGGUUUAGCAUGGGUUGUUAUAUUUCAAAUAAUUAGUCUUGAAAGUUGGGUUAAUAUAAUGUAUUACAUACAAGAUGCUCAUUCAUUUUGGGAUUGGAUUUAUUUUGUUUUUCUUAUUAUAAUUGGUUCAUUUUUUAUGAUUAAUUUAUGUCUUGUUGUUAUAGCAACACAAUUUAGUGAGACUAAAAAACGUGAAACUGAACGAAUGUUAGCUGAACGAAGACGUUUUUCACGUUCAUCAAGUACAUUAAUUAGUGAUGAACCAGGUUCAUGUUGGGAAGAAACAAUUAAAUAUUUUGAACGUUUAUGGCAUCGUGGAUAUCAACGUUUAAUUAUAUUAUGGAAACAUUAUAAAAAAAAACAUACAAAAGUUAAUCAAAAAAAAGGUUUAUUGAAUGUUAAAAAAAAUCGUCGAAAAACAUCAACAAGAGUAAAUACUAAAAAUUCUUCUUCACUGCAAAUUCAAAUUCAUUCAACAGUAAAUUCAUCACCAUUAUCUAAUCUGAAUAUAAUCCAUAGGCCUAAUUGUCGACUUUAUCAACCAGCAUAUCCAUCAACACCAUCAUCAAUAAAUCCAUUUUGUAUUAAUGCUCCAGCAGCUAGUCCUGAAUUAUCUGAUAUAAUUGAUUCAACAAAUCCACCAAGUCCAACUCCUGAACUUAAAACUGUUCUACAGUCUCAAUUAGUUAAUAGUUCAGGUACAUCAACUUUAUCACCAAUAUUAUCAAGAAAUCGUCAAAAAAAAUCAACUGAUAUUACUGAACUUAUUUGUCCAGAUAUAAAUACAAUUCCUUCAGCGAAUAAUAUGGUUGAAAAUUUAUUAGAUAAAACAAUGAAUAAAAAAACAAAUAUUCAAUUUUGUGAAUGUCAACAACAAGAUAAUCUUACUGAAGAGAACAAUGAUGAGGGCGAUGAGGAUGAUGAUGAUGAUGAAGAUGAUAAUGAUGAUGAUAAUGAUAUUAAUAAGAAAAGAAAAGAAAAAAAACAAUCAAAAAUAAAUAUAUUAUUUCAUCAAUAUUGUUUAACUUAUGUAACAAAAAUUCGUCAAUUAAUAUCAGAUUUUGUUGUAAGUAAAUAUUUUCGUCGUAUUGUUUUGUCAGCUAUUGUUAUUAAUACAUUAUCAAUGGGUAUUGAAUAUCAUGGACAACCACCAUCUUUAACAAAUGCAUUAGAAUAUAGUAAUUUAGUAUUUACAUCAUUAUUUGCUAUUGAAAUGAUAUUAAAGAUUCUUGCUGAUGGUUGUUUAAAAUAUAUUAAAAAUGCAUAUAAUUUAUUUGAUGGUGCCAUUGUUAUAAUGAGUGUUAUUGAAUUACAAGGAAAUCAAAAUAGUGGUUUAUCUGUUUUACGUACAUUUCGUUUAUUACGUGUAUUAAAACUUGUUCGAUUUAUGCCAACUUUGAGACGUCAAUUAGUUGUCAUGCUAAAAACAAUGGAUAAUGUCGCAACAUUUUUUUCUCUAUUGAUACUAUUUAUUUUUAUCUUCAGUAUUCUUGGUAUGCAUUUAUUUGGUGGUGAAUUUUGUACAUUACAAGCAUUCAAUUUAACAUCACGUGAACAAUUUGACAUGAAAUGUCGUUGUUGCGCGUGUAUUGAAAUGGAUUUAUUGAAAAAUCAUACUGAACUCAAAGAUUUAAAUUGUAUACAAGAGAGAAAAAAUUUCGAUUCAUUACGUUUUGCAUUAUUAACCGUUUUUCAGGUAUCAAUUGUGUUGACACAAGAAGAUUGGAAUGAAGUACUUUAUAAUGGAAUGGAAAAAACAAGUGGUUGGGCAGCUUUAUAUUUUAUUGCAUUGAUGACAUUUGGAAACUAUGUUCUAUUUAAUUUACUUGUUGCUAUUCUUGUUGAAGGUUUUUCAACAGAGAAAGGAGGUACUUUGUCAGAGAGUGGAAGUAGUAGUGAUCGAUUGGCCAAAGCUGAUCCAUUUAAAACACAAGCACUUUUCACAGGUGAUCUUGAAAUACCAGCAAAUCCACAUGAAUUAAUUACCGAUGAUAUACCAAGUGUGAAAAAUAGUACGAUUGAAAAUAAAAAUUUUCGAACAAAAGAAGUAAAAAUAAUGAGUAUUCCAAAAAUUGCUAUUAGUAAUGAAUAUGAUUCAACUUUAAAAAUAUUUGAAACACACUCACAACCAAUAAAUAAAACUCCAACACCACCAUCACCAUAUAAAUCUAUAAUAAAAAAUCGUUCAUCACAACCACAAACACCAUCAUCAACAUCAACAACACAAAGUUAUUAUACAUGUCAAACACGUCUUGAUUCAAAUCUUUCAAAUGAUCCUAUGAGAAAAUCAUUUAAAAAAAAUAAAGCAUCUGAUCAAUUUCAAAUAAAAAAACAAACUAUUGAUGAAAAUGAUACUGAAAAUGAUGUUUCAGAAUUAUCAAAUUUGGAAGAUAUAUCAAAAACACAAACAUCUAUAAAUGAACAAAAAUGUCUUAAACGACGUGGUACAAUAUCAACAGCAUCAACAUUACAGUCAAGUAAUAAUUCAAACGAUAAUACACAGAAAAAAAAACAUGAUUUACGUAAAAAUCGUUCAUUUACAUAUUUUAAUAAUGAUAAUAUGCCAACACCAAGUUUUAAUAGAUCAUUACGAAAUUCUUUUAUUCCACAUAUAACAGAUCCUCCACCACCAUUACCAUAUGCAGAAAAAAAUGCACGAAAUUCUUUAACACAAAUAAGUCAUGAACAACGACAAAAAAAAUCCUUACCUGUACGACGAACAAAUUCUUAUCGUCCAUCGUCAUCAUCAUCAUCAACUAAAAUAUUAAGACGUUUUAUUUUACGUGAUGGAAAAUUAGUUGAACAAGAUAUUAAUAAUUCACAACCGGUUAUAAAACGGCGAUCAACAUUUGAUAAUUCAUCAUAUCCAAUGACACAAAUCGAAACAUCAACUACAUAUGAAACACCAAAACCUGAAGAUAAUGAACAAUAUAUCAAAACUAAUUCAAAUAAUUCUAUUCGAUUAGUUACAGAUAUUAAUUUAAGUACACAAUCAAUUAUCAAUGAUCAAAGUGAUAUGCAAUUAGAUAUUAAAAGGAAAAAAAAACCACAGCUUAGAAUUUUUCGAGCAUGUUUAAUUCGUUUAUGUGGUGAACGGAUUUUUCAUUAUUUAAAAAAACGUGACAGUUAUUCACUUUAUCUUUUCUCGCCAGAAAAUCGAUUACGUAAAGCAUUAAAAUCUUUAAUUGCACAAAAAUCAUUUGAUUAUUCCAUUCUAUUUUUUAUAUCUCUUAAUUGUAUAACACUUGCUAUGGAACGUCCAUCAAUACCACAAAUAAGUUUUGAACGUGAAUUUUUAAACAUUACAAACUAUAUUUUCACAGUUAUAUUUACUAUUGAAAUGAUAAUAAAAAUAAUUGCAAGUGGACUUGUAUGUGGACCACAUACAUAUUUACAUACUGGUUGGAAUGUUAUGGAUGGAUUUCUUGUUAUUAUAUCUAUUAUUGAUCUUGCAACAACGCCUCGUGGAGGUAGCUCAACGGUACUCAUUCAUUCUGAAUCUGAUGCAACAACACGAAUAUUUAGCAUGUUAAGAGUUUUUCGAUUAUUAAGAACAUUAAGACCAUUAAGAGUUAUUAGCCGAGCACCUGGUCUGAAACUUGUCGUUCAAACAUUACUUUCAUCAUUACGACCAAUCGGUCAUAUUGUUGUUAUUUGUUGUACAUUUUUUAUCAUUUUUGGUAUUCUUGGUGUUCAGCUAUUCAAAGGAAAAUUUUAUUAUUGUGAAGGUCCACUUGCUCGUAAUGUAACAACGAAACGACAAUGUGAAGAAAUGUCUGAUCAUCGUUGGAAAAAUCAACAAUAUAAUUUUGAUAAUUUAGGCCAAGCAUUACUUGCAUUAUUUGUUUUAGCAUCACGCGAUGGUUGGGUACAAAUAAUGUAUAAUGGUAUUGAUGCUGUUGACGUUGACAUGCAACCAAUAAGAAAUCAUAAUGAAGCUAAAUUAAUAUAUUUUAUAUCAUUUUUAUUACUUGUUGGCUUUUUUGUUUUAAAUAUGUUUGUUGGUGUUGUUGUUGAAAAUUUUCAUAAAUGUCGUGCUGAACAAGAACGUGAAGAAAAAGCACGACGUACAGCUAAAAGAGCAAAAAAAAUUGAACGAAAACGACGUCGUAUGCGCGAAAUACCAUAUUAUGCACAUUUUUCACCAUGGAGAAGACGUUUACAUGAUAUAUGUAAUAGUAAAUAUUUUGAUUUAAUUAUUGCUGCUGUUAUUGGUCUUAAUGUUGUUACAAUGUCAUUAGAAUUUUAUUUAAUGCCACCGAUUUUCGAUUUAGCUCUUGAUUAUUGUAAUUAUGUAUUUACAACUGUAUUCAUAAUUGAAUCAAUAUCGAAAAUUAUUGCACUUGGACCAUUACGUUAUUUUAAAGACAAAUGGAAUCAAUUAGAUACAAUGAUUGUUAUUUUAUCGAUCGCUGGUAUUGUUAUGGAGAAAAUGAAAAGUGGACAAGUACUUCCAAUUAAUCCAACACUUAUUCGUGUUAUGAGAGUGUUAAGAAUUGCUCGAGUUCUUAAAUUAUUAAAAAUGGCAACCGGCAUUCGAGCCUUAUUAGAUACUGUAAUUCAAGCCCUUCCACAAGUCGGAAAUUUGGGUCUUUUAUUCUUCCUUCUUUUCUUUAUAUUUGCUGCAUUGGGUGUUGAAUUAUUCGGCAAAUUAGAAUGUAAUGAUGAACAUCUUUGUUCUGGUCUUGAUAAACAUGCACAUUUCAAAGAUUUUGGUAUGGCAUUCUUAACAUUAUUUCGUAUUGCAACAGGUGAUAAUUGGAAUGGUAUUAUGAAAGAUGCUCUACGUAGCGAUGAUUCACCACAUGGUGUUAAAAAUCAAUUUAUGACUGCAUUAGCACCAAUAUAUUUUGUUGUUUUUGUUCUUAUGGCUCAAUUUGUUCUUGUCAAUGUUGUUGUUGCUGUUUUAAUGAAAAAAUUAGAUGAAUCAAAUCGUAUGGUAGCUGAUGAAGCAGAAAUGGAUGAAGAAAUUGAAAGACAAUUAGAAGCUGAUAUACAUGAUAGAAAUUAUCUUGAACAGCCGUUACUUGACGAUAAAGAUUUAGAUUUUCUAAAUGAUACUGCAAUGCAAGCCUUUCCAUUGACUAAACAAUUAUCUUUACCACCCAAUUUUACAUUUCAUUCCAUGAGUUCACCAACAGCACGUCGAUCAAAAUUGAAAACAAUUGAAGUAGUUAAAGUUUCAUCAUUAUCAUCGGUUAUUGGUUCUCCAUCCCGUUUUAUAACAUUACAAAUAGAUAGACCAUCAUCAUCAUCAUUUAAUGAUGAAGAAAAUCUUCCAUUAAGUGUUCGUACAAGUACAGAAGUUUUAUAUCGUCCAACAUCGUAUAUAUCUCAUCAUCGUUCAAAUACAGUUCCAUCACGUCAUCGAAAAUCUGGUUCAAUAAAAAUACCAAAUCAACAAACAACACAUCUUUCACCAACAUAUAAACGCCAUGACAAUAUUCAACAACAGCCAACACUUCAACCAUUUUCACCAUCAUUAUUACCAUCACAUGCAAGACGGCGUAUACGUGCUAUUGAUGAUCCCGAUGACAUAGAUUCACCAACAGGUAGUAUUAUCAAUCGUUAUGUUUAA